CCAUUCUAAUUUCUAAAAUCUAAACCAGCUCCAAAUCCUACAUUUUUUUUUUGUGAUUUAAAAACUCACCCAUUCUUGAAUAGUAAAAAUCCCAGCAAAAUUUUUGGAUUUCUGCCAUCAGAUUCUUCUCGAGAUUGCUCUUACAUGGUUUCUGCACAGCCCUUUAUUCCAAAAAUCGAUUCUUUUUCCUUUUUAAUUACUGGGUUCUUUUAUAGCUUUAUUCUCCUGUAAAAAUCGCUUCGUAUUAUUAUUAUAUUAUUUCUACGGAGCAUUAGAUUUCAUUUGUUUAUAAUUUGCGAGUUUGUGUGUUGUACGAGUGAGUUGUUGGUGAUAAAGAAAAUGGUGGGGGAUUGGAAAUCAUCAUGGUGGAGAUCUCUGAGCAAGCAGAACCACUUGAUUGUGAAGUUGGCUAUCUCUGUUCUCCUUGCCGGUCUAGCUUUCAGGCUUCUCUUCUCUAGAUCCAUUGAUAUUCCCGACGGUGCAGAAACGGAGAUCAUUUUUCUUGAAGAUGGUGUGGCUUUAGCUCCGUCGCUUCAGCUUAGUGUUGCCCCCUCAACUGUUGUUGAUCAGGUUGCCCCUACAGAUGAACAGAAUGUGGAGCAGUGUGAUCUUUUUGUUGGAGAUUGGGUUCCUAAUCCGAGAGGUCCUGCGUACACAAAUGACUCAUGUAAGUUCAUUGAAAACCAUCAGAACUGUAUGUUGAAUGGUCGGCCAGAUAAGGGUUAUCUUUACUGGAGGUGGAGUCCUCGUGAUUGUGAGCUGCGCCAAUUUAAUCCGAAGAAGUUUCUUGAGCUAAUGAGGGAUAAGAAUUGGGCGUUGAUUGGCGAUUCAAUAUCUAGGAAUCAUGUUCAAUCAAUUCUUUGCAUGCUCUCUAGGGUAGAAGAAGCAAUUGAAGUAUACCAUGAUGGGGACUACAAAUCCAGAAGAUGGUUCUUCCCCUCAUACAACUUCUCAAUUUCGGUCUUUUGGUCCCCUUUCCUGGCAGAAGCAGCUAUAUUUGAGGACAUAAAUGGAGUAUCUUCUUCUGAGAUCGAGCUGCAUCUUGAUAGGCUUGAUAAGAAUUGGACUCGGUAUUUUGAUGGGUUAGACUAUGUAGUAUUCUCGAGUGGCGAGUGGUUUGUCAAAACGGCUGUCUAUUUUAAGAACGAUACGAUAAUAGGGUGCCAUCUUUGUCCCAAAAGGAACUUGACAGAGCUCGGGUUCGACUUUGCCUACAGAGAAGUUCUCAGAAGUUUCUUCAGCUACAUUAUUUCAUCGAAACAUAAAGGUAUGAUUUUCUUUAGGACCACCACCCCAGAACAUUUCGAGCAUGGCGAAUGGUUUAGCGGGGGGACCUGCAACAGAACAGAACCAGCACGAGAAGGCGACUUCAAGUUAAGUGAGAUUCACAGAAUUCUGCGCGAGGUCGAGCUGCAGGAGUUCGAGAAGGUCUCAGCCAAUGCAACCGAGGCGGGAGUGAAGCUUAAGCUGUUCGACAUAACUCCCCUCUCGUUGUUGAGGCCCGAUGGCCACCCGGGUCCAUACAGAUUCUAUCAGCCAUUCGCGGAUGGCAAGAACGGGACAGGCAUCAACGACUGCCUGCACUGGUGCUUGCCCGGGCCGAUUGAUUCUUGGAAUGAUUUGCUAAUGGAAAUGCUUAGGUGCGGUUGAGAGGGUGGUUUGGUCAUUCUGUUCUCACAUUCAAAACCUCAUUCACUUGCAGUCUGCCAUGAAUGCUUCAGGGAAAGUAUUGAUUGAUAGAUGGAUCCAAAUGGUUCUGUUUUUAUGUCUCUACAGUGAUGCAAGUAAUUAAUUAGAGUAUUGAUUGGAAGCACAUAUUAUAUAUAGUAAUGGUCUGCUGCUGCUGCAACUCUUUCUACCCCUCUGUAGGUUUAUGUAUAACAAUAGUAAUACUAAAUUGAAGAUGGCACUUAGUAUUUGUUGCCUCACCCAUAGUAAAUGUACCAAUAAUUUUUCUUUUUUUCUCAAUACAAUGUUCUCAAUAAAUUAAACAAA